UAAACCCAGAGACAACAUCAUUCAGUUUCAGUAGACACCAGCCGACCACAGCCAACACAGACUCAAGAUGCCUUUCAAGCCACACUACCUGUUGGUCUCCCUGACUCUCUGCUGGUUCGUGGCUCUUCAAGCAUUCCCCAUGAACGGCUGUGCUGCAUGUCAGAAGUGUCUCUGCAUCCGGACGUCCUCUGCUUUCAUCUCUCCUAGGCUGUUCCACAGGAUAGAGAUCCUACCUCCAGGUGCCCACUGUCGUCAAACAGAGAUCAUCGUUACCAAGAAGGACAAAGCCAUCGUCUGUGUGACUCCAGAUGCACGAUGGAUCAACAAAGUCAUUGCCAAGUUACAAAGAACCAACAAGAAGAAGAGAAGUGCAGAACUUCCCAUCUCAACCACCAUUGAGUGAAUUGGAACAGGAAUGGAUCAAGUUGGAGCUAAAUGGAAAUGUGAUACCAAUGUGAUACCAAUGUGAUACCAAUGUGAUACCAGUGUGAUACCAGUGUGAUACCAAUGUGAUACCAAUGUGAUACCAAUGUGAUACCAAUGUGAUACCAAUGUGAUACCAAUGUGAUGCCAAUGUGAUGCCAAUGGAUUCUGUUCAAAUAUGAUUCCAAUACCAAGUUAAUUAGUUUAUCUUAAAUGAUCUCAGUAUGUAUUGUUAGGUUCUUAUUUUUCAGAGUAAAUAACCCACGGACACUAGAGAAGCUUUAACCAAGUUUAAUUAUUCUCAGAGGUUCUGUACAGCUGUAAUUCAGACAACCCAACAUUUGUCCCAUCCAGAUAUUUAUAUCCCA